GGCGGCCGGGCGGCGCGGCCGGAGGUCGCCGUCGAGCCGCGGGGAGGGCGGGCGGCCCCGAGAGGCGGGUCUGAGCGGCGGCUGCCCCGAGCGGGCCCGCGCGUCCCGCCGCCCCCCCUCCAAUCGCGUGGCCGGGGCGGAGCGCUGCGGAGCGGUGACAUUGAGGGGAGCCGCGCAGGGCCGGGCGGCGGGCGGCGACAUGUGGGGCCGUGCCGAUAAGGCUGUUAAGCUGCUGGAAAGAAACAUUCCCUCCUUUCUGAGGAUGAGUCGGGGAGUGGGGCCAAAGGUGAGCAGAAGGCUCUGCAGCAAACCCCAGGAGGAAAGUCCAGUUCAGCCAAGAGGUCGGCCUGUUUUGCGGGUGCCUGGGCACAGGCCUACAGACUGGGAGAAGAAAUGUUUGCUGUGGGCAGGCCAUUUCAAGAAGCCAGAGGAUAUACCAGAGAUUGUCUCGAUUGAAGCAAUCCGAGCAGCACAAACCACGCUGAGGGUGAAGAUCAGCUACGUAAUGAUUGCCUUGACGAUAGUGGGAUGCAUAGUGAUGGUGAUCAGAGGGAAGGAGGCUGUAAAAAGGCACGAAUCUCUUACAACCAUUAACAUGGAGAAGAAAGCUCAGUGGAAGGAGGAAGCUACGCAGAGUACACCCGCUAAACCGUAGAGGAGGAAAGGAAGAAACCAGGGAUGGGGGGAAAAAAACUGAUGUCCUUUUCAGCUCCUUUUCAGAGUUGCAUCUUUUUUGUGAUCCGCACUCGUGUUCAAGAAUGAAUGCAUUAUCCUGUAAUCAUUAAAAACAAACAUCUGUCUUCUUCCUGAUACCUUUCCUCCAAACUCUCUUUUUCAAGUCAUGUAACUACAUUUCCUUCAUUAGCUGUAUUAUAACUCCCUGCUUCAGUCAUCCACUAUCGCUGACUACUCCAGCUCCCUUUAGAAAGAAUAGUAUUAGAUGUACUCUAUAUUUGCAGGCUCCCUAAAACUUUCUGCAUGAGAGAACAAUUAGGCAAGUCCUUGACUUGAGCAUAAUUGUAUGAACUACAUUAACAUUGUCAAAUUGAUCAGAAGCUAUUGGAAAGCUUGCUUACUUAUAAAUACAUUCAAUUAUCCAAUACAUUCUUGCCUUCUUUUGCUAAAGAGAGGGAAGGAUAAUGAAAUAGCAUUCCACAGAAACAAUUGUUAUUAUAAAUAAGAACCUUUUUUCUAUGUU